CAACGACUUGUUUCCAAACAGAACAGUCACUUCUUAGACAACUCCAAAACAGUUGAUAAAAGUUUGCGAAACUUUUUCGUAGUUUUUAUUUAAAGUUUUUUUUAUAAAAUUGAUUUGAAAUCAAAACAAUUUCUAAACAAUGACCGCAACGAUGGCAUCGAGUGCUGACUCCCAGACCACUGAUAUUCCUCGCAAAACAGUUUCUAAGACUUCUGAACACAGAAGAGCAACAAAACCAAUAAUGGAAAAGAAACGAAGGGCUCGAAUCAACAACUCUUUGAAUGAACUCAAAGUCCUUAUUCUUGAUGCUCUCAACAAAGACCCGUCUCGUCACUCAAAGCUGGAAAAAGCAGAUAUUCUUGAGAUGACUGUCCGCCACUUACAGAGCGUUCAAAGACAACAAAUGGCAACCGCUAUCUCAACUGAUCCAAGUGUUCUUAACAAAUAUAGAGCCGGUUUUAAUGAAUGCGCUACAGAAGUUGGACGUUAUAUUAAUCGUAUUGAUGGUGUGGACACCACUCUCCGACAAAGAGUAGUUAACCACUUGAAUGUUUGUGUCCAAAGUAUCAACACUGCGGCAAAUAUGACAUCCAACUCAUAUGCGACUCCAUCGAGAAGUGGCAAUGCAUUCCCGGGAAUGAACCCACCCUUUGCCUCAUCCAAUACACCACUUCACGUUCAGAUACCAUUGCCGGCUGCUAUCGCUGCAGGAAUUUUCCCAAACUCUGGUCUCACAAACAUUUGUUCUAAUUCUGGUGACAUCAAUAACAAUAUGACAUCACCGAUGAUGACAACUAGACUAACACACGAUAGCAAAGUCAAUAUGCAAACACCUCCGUCGUCUGCUUCGUCCACCGCCUCCUCUCACUUCACAUUUUCUCUUCCGCUUCAAUGCUCUCCUCCAAUAAAUAGUCAUUUAAUGUCAUUUCAUCAUAAUCUAAAUCAGUCAUCAGGAAUGGCAUACAGACAUGGAUCAACUGGUUCGUGGAGUCAUAACUCAUAUCUUGAAUCACCAUUGGGUCAGAGCUCAAUAAGUCCUGUCGGCAGUGCGACCAGUGAACAGUUAAGUCCUUCGGGAAGUGAACAAGACGUCGAUAUGGUAUUUGAGUCGCAUUCCGGUAGUGCACAUCACUCUCUAAACAGUGAUAGUGUAUGGAGACCCUGGUAAUCUGGUAAUGACCUGAUCAUACAGCAUACAGGUGCUCACUGUAACC